AGCGUGAAGGAGCUGUCAGAAAUAGCAGGGCAGAUGGGGGGCGUGACUGCGUGUGGCCACGUGUUGGCUCCUGCGUCAGGUUCUCGCGCUCAGUGCGACGUGUGCACCUCCACCAUGUGGCAUCUCUUCAGCUCCGCCUAUGUCUGCACAGCUUGCAACCUGCGCGUUUACAGCUCGUGUUUACGCGGCAUCCGCCGCUACUGUCCCGCCUCCUACUUCUCCGCAACGCCUCCUACGAGCACCAUACGCUCCCUGCCUUCGUAUCCUGCAUCCUCAUCUCUAGGUCCUCGAAACACUGCAAGUCCUCCCGCCUCGCCUUCCACAGUCUCCAGAGAAUCCUUCCAGACUCACUCCUCCAAGUCGGAUCCCGGCAGUGAAUCUUGUAGAGUUAAUUCCUCGAAGUCGGAUCGGUCCAGCGACUCAGGAUCACUCGAGUCAUCGGUUCGGUCCCCAAAGUCUUUCAUUCAGAGUGGACCUGCGGCCCACAAGUCCCCCUUACACGUCCUGCAGGAGCUCGCCAUCAAAGCUGCUGACGAAGGCGACGUGAGACGUGAGGGCAAAAGUCCUGCGAGUCGCGUGGUCAUCGGGCGCAUGUCCGUCCUCGUCACCAGCAUCUGCCCCGAGGCGGGACUCAGCGCCCAGAACUUCCGAUGCGCUGAAUGUGGUCAGCUUAUCACCUACCGCUGGGCCUUCGGAUGCGCCUUACAGCUGCUGCAGUUCUGCUGCCGUAAGCCGCUGCUGGAUCUACGGCAGCUCAACCCACAGCUGUUCACGCUGCUGCAGGAGCUCUGCGAGGUCAAGAAGCUGCGGGAGGAUCUGCUGCUGAUGAAGCAGUAUUUGUGCUCCUGCAGGACCGCCGUACAGGACCGUCUCCUGCACAAGCUUGCGUCCCGUCAGCACUUCGUGGACUGCCCUCACCUCUACAGCCUGCAGGACCUCUGCGACCUGCACGCUGGCCUGCUGCUCCCUCAGCUGCAGGCCGUUCAUAACGAGUUCGACCUUCACAUACGCACACAGUGUCAGGCUUGUCAAGGACGCGGUCACAUUUGCCUCAACUGCAAAGACAAGGACGACAUCCUGUACCCGUUCGAGCAGCGAGCUGUGCAGUGCAGUGCAUGCUUUGCAGUGAUGCACAGCGAGUGCUACAUCGUACAGCGAUGCUGUGCCAAGUGUGAGAUGCAGGGGCGCAGAGGAGAAGCUUCCAUCAUCGGGGCCUUGGCCGAUCUUGCGGCGCCCGUAGUGCAGAAGAGGCAGCAGCUCGCCAGGAAUAACGUCUGCUGACACAGGACGUUAUUUUCCCGUAGCUUCUAUUCGCUUCUCUCUAGUUCUUACUGUGAUAAAUUUCGUUGGUUCUAAGAACUAUGCAAUUCGAGGCCUAUAGAAGAUAUUAUGAAUAAUGUCAAGAUGACAUUCUAUUGUUCGUAAUUCUCAGUUUAUUCUUCAUCUUCAUAUUCAUUGAGAGCGUUCUAUUCAUAAGAAAUUUAACUCAUCUUCGAUCUGUCCAGUCUAUGAGGAAACUUACAGCUCAUGGUUGCGCGUAUUUUUUAUUGAGUGUUUCAUCAGAGCUUAUGCUCGAAAUAAUUUAGACACGAGUUCCGCUAAGGAAUUUCUGUGUUCCGACUGCUAGAAAAUUUGCUUUGACUAAUUUAUUAACGCCUAACUAGUCCUUGUCAGAGCUGAUAACUUAUGCAGGCGACGUGCGAGCCGUGCUACCUGACGAGAAGAAAUAUUUGGUGCCAUGCUUUCACUUCAUUUACGUACUUUACGCUACUUAUAUUAAAUUGAAAUUUCGAAGCCUCGAAACUGCAGUGUCGAACGUACACGUGCUGUAACGUACCGCGCGUUCUUAACAGACUAACACACGUACCGUUCUUAACAGGUUCUUAACUGUCUACGAGUCUCGCGUAACUAAAUCUGAAUAAUCUUAUAUGCUGAAAUGAAACUCUGAACUUCCACUUCUAUGUUCAAUUUCUUGUAAAAAUAAUCAAUUAAUUUCGUAUUUAGUUGUGUUAACGGCAGGUCAAAGCGUAAAUGGUAAAAGAGAGCAGCGGUUUCUGACGUGAACUUGUUCAACAUAAUAUUGAACAGAUCUUGUGUGGUCGAGCGAUUUUUCAUGUCACCAGAAUCCAAUUUCUUUGCAGUCUCGAAAGAUUCCGAAACCAAGAUUGUUUAUCAAUGCCAUUGGAAUUUGUUGAUGCUUUUUCUCUCUCAUUCUUCAGGCUCACAAGGCACGGAGGAAAAGAUGAUCAGGGCUUGGGAUGAUCUAUAGCUUUCUAAUCCAUGUACAACAACAGCGGGGCUCAAAUAUACCUUAUAGCAUUACUGCGCUGUGACUCGCGGAAUCCUGGAGACCCACCGACCAUUUAGUUCGACCUUCGUUUGGGAAAAGGAAUUUUUAAAAACUGCUCGUUUCAGGACGAGUCGGCAUUCUUUAGCGUGGCGUCGUCUCCGUGAUGCCGGUUAAAGAUAAGGCGCGUCCGCAUAUUCGUUGUGUCGUAUCGUUGUGGACGUUAUCUUCGUUUUAGGC